AAUCUUUUAGUUGCUUUUAGUUGCUUCAACUUUGCUGCAAACUUUAUUUUGCUUAGGGACGUCCCUUGAUGGUCUAAGAGAGAAGCUUCUCGAGGAUUUUUCAAAUGAUAUUACACGAAUGGAGCUGCAAGUAUUAGGCCUGAUUGGAAAAUAUCUAUCUGCCCCUUGGAUGAAAAAGUUUUACACCUCAUCUGAUAAUGAAAUUAAUCAUGUGGAUGGAAUUAGUGUUGUCCAAGGGGUGUUAGGGUCCAUAAAAGAAAUGCAGAAAAACCCAGAAAGUAUUUUAACAUCAGAUAAAGAUUUCUUGGGUGGGGAUGACACUGGGGACCAUACCCUCAUCAAGUUGAGGUCUGUGUCAGGGGAUAUGCACCUUUUCAGUCAAAUGAUGGGAAGUUGCCUCCAGGGUAUCAUCAGAGUUUUGGAACGGCAGUAUAAGAAAUAUUUUACAAUGGAUAUUACAGAAAAACUUAGAGAAGAAACCGAAUCUGCCAGGUCUCACAACAUGGAUGCUGAAGAGUUGAUGGGAAUGUUUAGUUCAGCCAAGCAGAAGUCACCAAAUGCUACAGUUUGUUUCUUGUCUUCCCGUAUGCGUGCAUGUAAAAACAAUACGAUCGCAUAUUUAGAUAGUAUGGCAGAAGAACACCGAGAUUCUGUGAUAAGGAAGGCAAUUUCUUAUGGAAGGAUGCAAAGGAAUAAAAGGAAAAAAACACAGAAGGAACUAAGGAUUGAGAUGAUCCAAAGACAGAAAAGGAAACAGGAAGCCCAAGACCAAAAGGAGAGAAAGAGAUUGGAAAAUUUGCUCUCUAACUCGGGAUUGGAAGCUGUUAAGUUGGAAAAACCAGAGUUAGAUUACUCCAAGAAAGAGGAAAUUACUGCUAUACUUGAAGGAAAGGUUGUGGGCAGGAAAAUUUGCCAUGUGUGGUCUGAAGAUUGUACUCUGCGGCCGUAUUAUGGACUGAUUAGAAAACUGUACAAAAGUAAACACAAACAAAAUAAGUACAAAAUUUCAUACUGGGACCAGUCUGAGGAACCUGAUAAUGCAACUGACUAUGAUGUUUCAAAGUAUGAAUUAGUCAUUGACCUGUUGUUUGGUGAACUAGAUUUAGCUAGCUAUUAGAAAACGCAUGUACAGUACUAACAAGGUAAGGGUCUUGAACUUUUAUAUCCCUUAGAAUUAUGUCUUUUUUUCCUUUCAGCAGCAGAGCCAAGAUGAUGCUGAUCUGGCAUUGCUCAUGGAGAUAGAAUAGAGGCAAAUAUCUAAUUUUGCUAACUGAUACCUCUUUUUUAGCU